UCACAACCUACAGGUAGGACUGACUGCUUCAAACUUAGACCAUCUCUACUUCUCCAUGUCCACGUCUCUAGCAUCCUGUACUUGAUACUCAUAGCUCGACAUCACAAGACACGCACUUAGCGAUCUUCGGCCGGGUUGUUUCCCCCUUUCCCACUUCCCCCCACCACCACCAUGUUCCUGUCAACAGCGGUUCUUUUGCCGCUGGCCCUCGGCGCCUUGGCAACGCCAGCGGCUGCCAACGUGGCCGCAGCACCAAGGAGGCCGGUACCGCGCUCGUACGACACGCACGCCUACUACGCGCUCGAGCUCCCCGAGACGGCCGACGCGGCCUCGGUGCAGGCCGCAGCGAAAGCGCUCGGCGUUGAGGUCGUCGAACAGAUCGGCGAGCUCGCAGGCCACUACCUCGUCCGCAGGGAAGGCGCUGUCAUCUCGGCACGGAGCGCAGUUGGUGGCAUGCCAGCCGACCCCGUCGUCGCGCGCUACCAGCACCUUCGGAGGGAGCAGCGCGCUCGUCGCUCCCUUGGUGGCUUGCCAGAGAUCCGGGAUCUCGCACCCCAAGAGCCGCACCAGCGUGCUAAGCGAGUCCCUCCGCCCGUCGAGCACAGGAGCCAACGGUCGCGUGCUCGUGCUGUGAUCGACGUGGAUCCCGAGCUGCGCGACGACACCGAGCUGCUGUAUAUCCAGAACGACCUGGGCUUCAAGGACCCAUUGCUACCCAUGCAGUGGCAUCUCGCCAACACCAAAGACUCGCGAUGGGAGCUUAAUGUCACCAAGGCCUGGGGAUCGGGUGUUACGGGCAAGGGUGUUCGCGUCGCCAUGGUCGACGACGGAUUGGAUCACGAGCAUGCCGACCUGAAGGACAAUUACUUUGCCGAGGGCUCGCACGACUUCAACGACCACGACGACGACCCCAUUCCCGUGUUGUGGGACGACCAGCACGGCACCCGCUGCGCUGGUGAGGUUGCGGCGGGCGCCAACAACGAUGUCUGCGGUGUUGGUGUUGCCUACAACUCCAAGGUUGCCGGUAUCCGUAUCUUGUCUGGCCCGAUCACGGACGCCGACGAGGCCGCAGCCCUCAACUUUGGGUACCAGGAGAAUGACAUCUACUCGUGCUCUUGGGGUCCUCCCGACGACGGCAAGAGCAUGGAGGCGCCGUCCCGCUUGAUCCUCAAGGCCAUGGUCAACGGCGUCAACAAGGGCCGUGGAGGCAAGGGCAACAUCUUUGUCUUUGCGGCCGGAAAUGGCGGCGGCAUGGACGACCAGUGCAACUUUGACGGCUACACCAACUCCAUCUUCACUACUACUAUUGGGUCUCUCGACUACACUGGUCGCCACCCCUACUACUCUGAAAAGUGCACGGCCAUGCUUGUUGUCACCCCGUCUUCUGGGUCUGGCGAGUACAUCCACACCACGGACCGCGGAAAGGACGACAAGGGCAAGGACAAGUGUGCCCACUCGCACGGAGGAACGUCGGCUGCCGCCCCGCUCGCCGCUGGCGUGUUUGCCCUUGCUCUCGAGGCCCGUCCCGAGCUCACCUGGCGUGACAUUCAGCACAUUGCCAUCCGCACGGCCAAGUUUAUCAACCCUGCCGACCCCGAAUGGGUGAUGAACAAGGCUGGUCGCAACUACAGCAACAAGUUCGGCUACGGGCAGCUGAAUGCUGGCAACUUUGUCGAGCUUGCGAAGACCUGGCCGCUGGUCAAGCCUCAGGAAUGGUUCGACUCGCCCAUCAUUGACUUGCCCAACACCGGCCCCCCUCCUGGCGUCAACAUCAGCGCACCUCCUCCCGUUCCUCAGUUCCAGGCACCAACUGGUGACCCUCUCCGGCGACAGGGAGGUGCCGCUCCGGCCCCCGCUCCUCCUGCCAAGGGUUCGUUCUUGUCCGCCGACCCGGUGACCAGCACUUUUGAGAUUACUCGCAAGAUGCUGGACGACGCCAACUUUGACAAGCUUGAGCACGUCACUGUCCGUGUUUGGAUUAGUCAUUCGCGUCGCGGUGACGUUGAGGUUUCUCUCCGUGCGCCCUCAGGCACUAUCAGCGUUCUCUCCCUGCCCCGCAAGUACGACGAGGCGACCACCGGCUACAACGGAUGGAAGUUCAUGUCGCUCAAGCACUGGGAAGAGGACCCAGUUGGCACAUGGACCAUCUACGUCAAGGACCAGGGCAACGUUGGAGCAUACGGACACUUCAAGAAGUGGUCUCUCCAGCUAUGGGGUGACGCCCUUGUCCCCGAGCACGCCCGUCCUUGGGAGCCCGUGAGGGAGGGUGAGGCAGACGAGGAGGAGGUUGGCACCCAGCCCACCACCUACACCCGUAAGCCCAAGCCCACCGAGCACCCCGUUCCCGUCGAGGGUCUCCCCGACACUGCCGUUGGUGAGAACACCAAACCCACCGGCGCCGUCGACGACGAGGAGCACGAUCACGACAACGCCGUCAGUGCCGAUGAGGGCAUCUUUGACGGCAUCGACAGCUUGAAGAAGCACAGCGCCUGGCUUGCUGGUGCCUUCCUGGUCGUUCUCAUCGCUGCCCUCGGCGGUGGCGCCUUCUUCCUCUACCGCCAGAAGAAGCGCCGUGACGCCCUCGGUCUGGCUUCGGGUGCGGCCGGCGCGCGCGGUGCGUACGCUCCCGUCGCCGACGACGAAGUGCCCAUGGGUCUGCUGGAGCGCGGCGCACGGAGCAUCGGUCUGCGCAAGAAGGGCACCAGCCCCGAGAGCAAGGAGCUUUACGAUGCGUUUGGCGACGGCCCCAGCGACGAUGAGAGCGAGGCGGGUGCAGACGAGAGCACGGCUCUGCGGUACCAUGACUCGUUCCUCGAGGAUGACGAGGACGGUACCCCCCACGCCGGGGGCUCGGGCAGCGGCAGCCACGACGCCCACGAGCCCCCAGCCUACCGCGACGACGAGGAGCAGCCGCCUCGCGAGCCCUCAAGUCCCGAGGGCACUUCCACGCCGGCCGAGCUGAUCGCCGGCGAGAGCAACACGAGCUCGGGGUCAUGGCAAGACGCUGCGGACGAUGUCCGGCCAAACGCCUAGGCGCCAGCAUCACUCACGAUAGAGGUCAUUGCACGUCACAUGUUGGCAUCGAUGCAUUGUGUACAUU